CCGCCCCACCCCGCCUGGCGCCCGCCCGCCCCCUGCAGACCGAGCGGCUUAGCCGGGCAGCUGAGGCGACUCUGAGACGACGACUUAGCGACCCCUCUGUGCGCUACACCGGUCCCAGCCCGCGGGCAAUGGUGCGGCGGAGCUCGCGGACCUGGGCGGCGCGGCGGCGAGCAUGAAGGGAGGAUGGAAGGUCAUGACGAGGUGUCGGCGCGGGAGCAACACUUCCACAGCCAAGUGCGGGAGACCACGAUAUGUUUUCUUCUUUUUGCCAUUCUCUAUGUUGUUUCCUACUUUAUCAUCAGAAGAUACAAGAGAAAAUCAGUCCACAAAUGCCACUGACUCAUGGGAAGAGGCUGACAUCUGGUUCUCUACCCAGUGGCCCAUGCAUGGAUGAACAAGAAGAUGAAGAUGCCAUAGUCAACAGAAUUUCGUUGUUUCUGAGCACCUUCACUCUCGCCGUGUCAGCUGGGGCUGUGUUGCUUUUACCCUUCUCAAUAAUCAGCAAUGAAAUCCUGCUGUCUUUUCCUCAGAACUACUAUAUUCAGUGGCUGAAUGGCUCCCUGAUUCAUGGUUUAUGGAAUCUUGCCUCUCUCUUUUCUAAUCUCUGUUUAUUUGUGCUGAUGCCCUUUGCCUUUUUCUUUCUGGAAUCUGAAGGUUUUGCUGGCCUGAAAAAGGGAAUCCGAGCCCGCAUUUUGGAGACUCUUGUCAUGCUGCUGCUUCUUGCUUUACUGAUUCUCGGGAUAGUUUGGGUGGCUUCCGCACUGAUUGACAACGACGCAGCUAGCAUGGAGUCUUUAUAUGAUCUCUGGGAGUUCUACCUGCCCUAUUUAUAUUCCUGUAUAUCAUUGAUGGGAUGUUUGUUACUUCUCUUGUGUACACCAGUGGGCCUCUCCCGCAUGUUCACAGUCAUGGGUCAAUUGCUGGUGAAGCCAACAAUUCUUGAAGACCUGGAUGAGCAAAUUUAUAUUAUUACCCUAGAGGAAGAAGCACUCCAGAGGCGGCUAAAUGGGACGUCUUCAUCAGUGGAGUACGACAUGAUGGAGUUGGAACAAGAACUUGAAAAUGUAAAGACUCUUAAGACAAAACUAGAGAGGCGAAAAAAGGCUUCAGCAUGGGAAAGAAAUUUGGUGUAUCCUGCUGUUAUGGUUCUACUUCUUAUUGAGACGUCUAUCUCAGUCCUUUUGGUGGUGUGUAACAUUCUUUGCCUAUUGGUUGAUGAAACAGCAAUGCCAAAGGGAACAAGGGGUCCUGGAAUAGGAAAUGCUUCCCUCUCUACUUUUGGUUUUGUGGGAGCUGCACUUGAAAUCAUUUUGAUUUUCUAUCUUAUGGUGUCUUCCGUUGUUGGUUUCUAUAGCCUUCGAUUUUUUGGAAACUUUACACCUAAGAAGGAUGACACAACCAUGACAAAGAUCAUUGGGAAUUGUGUGUCAAUCUUGGUCUUGAGCUCUGCUCUGCCUGUGAUGUCCAGAACACUGGGAAUCACUAGGUUUGACCUCCUUGGAGACUUCGGAAGGUUUAAUUGGCUGGGAAAUUUCUAUAUUGUUCUGUCCUACAAUCUACUCUUUGCCAUUGUGACAACAUUGUGUCUGGUCAGAAAAUUCACCUCUGCUGUACGAGAAGAACUUUUCAAGGCCCUAGGGCUGCAUAAGCUUCACUUAUCGAAUACUUCAAGGGAUUCAGAGGCAACCAAAGCAUCUGCAAACGGGCACCAGAAAGCACUGUGAGACCCCGGCGGCAGGCGUUCUGCAAGCAAGAGUCAGAGGUCCACAUCCUGAUACCCCACCUGCACAUGGAGAGCAUCUCCACACUGACCUCGGUGCAUGUUUAGGGCCUGGGCCAGCAGUGUCUGCUGUAAUCUAAGAAUCUGGCUACUGCUGAUCUUGUGUUUUAAACUCAGCUUUCAGGGAAACUCAAUAGUUUCCCGUGCAGCACAGAUUCCUGGAGACACACAGGAAAGUAUACUCCUCCGUGGCUCUCGUCAGUGAGGUGUCAUCCUGAUGUGAAAACUAUGUCAGAAAUGGCAGAACAAGACUUUGUUCCCAUAUGUGUCAUUCACCAUGGAGACACCCACUGCCAGGGCCACCUGGCACCAAGGGAGGUUUGUGGGCCUGCAGAAGCAGCUCACAGAGUCUCUCCCUGCAGUGGCCGUACUGGAAAUACAGUAACUGGACAUUCAUUUUUUAUUUCCCUAUAAAAAGUGUACUUUCCAAUUUAGAUUACAGAAUUUCCACUAGACUUUGAGCCAAGGAAAAAUGCUAAAUCCUUUAAGACCUAGAGCCUUGGUGACAAGCUGCAGGAGCGUCUUCUGUGCUUGUUACAGAACGCCCUGUAAGAGCAUGCAGGUCAUCACGGCUGAGGGCAACGGACCUGUGUGUGGCUCAGUGUUACCUCUCAUAAUGCAGCUACCAGUGUUGAGCACACUUGUAAUUUAGAUUUUGCCUUAUAGGUUAUACAUACACUCCCUUUUUAAAAGUAUUCUUUUUAAAAAAAUCACUUAAUUCCCUCUGUAUCUAUGAUGUGUAUGAGAAAUGUUGAUGCUAAAUGAUAGGAGCCCCUUUUUUCCUCAUACUCUUCAGGUUUUGGUUAUUUUUGUGUACUCUAAAUUAAGCCUAUAAGUUACCAGCACAACACCUAGAACUUACAAAGUCGGCAUUCUUGAUGUGAGACUUAGGUUUACACUAUGACAUAAUCUGCUAAUCAUUCAGCUGCUACAUUGUAAAUAAUCAUUGAUAUGGUUUCUUGACUCUGAGUCCACUGAUCAAAAAACAUUAACAUAUAUGCCAGGCGUGGUGGCACACACCUGUAAUCCCAACACUUGGGAGACUGAAGCAGGAGGAUUACUAUGAGUUCAAGACCACCCUGGGCUACAAAAUGAGUUCAAGGCCAGCCUGAACUGCAUAAUGAGACCCUGUCUCAAAAGAGACAAAACAAACAAACAACAAAAAACCCCAGUAACAUAUGCUCUGCAUUUUCACUCAUUAGGCUGGACUCCUGAGCACUGUGCAUGCAAAAAUAAAAGGUUGGCCGCUCUGCACACAGUUCCUAGUCAUAUAAUCGUAUAAAUGGGUGUGUUCAUAGGCACCAUGUGCAUGGUGAUGGGCUGUCUGUGUUCAGACAACAGUAAACAACAUUUCCCCCAAAUUAUUCAAUGUGAAGAUAUUUAGGGGGAAGGAAGAAAUGUAUAAACAAGCUGUAUCUAUUGACACAAAAAUUUCCACAUAGACCUAAACCAUAAGAAAAUCUAAUCUGAACCGUGUAAGUUGCACUGAGUAAACUUCCCAUUUAUACUUCCGCAUUUCCUUCUGAGCUCCACAUCUUUUGAAGACACAGCAUAGCUUUACAGGAGAUGAGUGCUCACUUUGUGACUCUGAGCAGCACUUGGCACAGGCCGCCAGUCUUGGAUGGGUGGGUUUCUCAGCGUGUGACCUGUGCACCUAGAAGCUUAACAUGAUGCCAGCUGUUUUGUAAUUUCACUGGUGAUUCUAUCCACGCUAGUAUUAGUGGCAAGCUUUGAUUUUUUUUACUGGAUAUUGGAGUCCACACUUUGAGCCGACUAAGUCCAGGGGAGAACAGAAAGAUGCUAUGUUCUAAAAUCACUUCUAUAUCAGUGUCAGGGCACAUCCAGUGAAAGAGUUCCUGGGCAUUUGUAAGCUAUCUGAAUGUUUUUUAGUAAAAUAUUAAACUUUUCAUUGUCUGUG